CCAGCUGGAGACUCUGCUCUGUGUGUUUGCCCUCCUGCAGCCUAGACGCUCACAGCCCUCCGCUGGAUCUGAGGCCCCUGGAGGGGAGACGAAGGCAGGCCCUUGGGACCUGAGGCCACGAAAAUCCUUUGAGUCGUGGUGACAGCUCUCAUUCUCCCAUGGACAAAAUGAGCAUGGAUUUGGUGCCACAGAACCUGCUGGACAGCUCCAGCAUGCAUUCAUCAGCAGACAUAGCAUCGCCAGCCCCACAUAGGCCAUCAGCCAAUGUCUCCUGAGGGAAUUAGGGACGCGGAUGACACUCUUCCAUGUGAUGAUGUGAAGCCGCAAGAUAGUGACCUGUCAGCUGAAGAAAGAAUGUUUUUGGAAGAGUUUCCCAACUUGAAAGGGGAGCUGGACGUGGACAUCCAGAAGCUCCAUGCCCUUGCAGACCACAUUGACACAACACACAAAACCCUCACCAAGACCAGCGUGGUGGCCAAUUCCAUCGCCGUGGUCUCCAGAGCCAUGAGCAUCCUGGGCUUAGUCCUUGCUCCGGUGACAGCAGGGGGAAGCCUGGUGCUCUCCACUGCAGGUAGAGUUUUGGGGACAGCAGGGGAGGUCACCAGUAUCUUGACCAAUGUUUUGGAACGUUUUCACAGUCAAGAAGCCCAAGCUCAGGUUGGUAGCCUAAUGCCCUCCCGUGGCCGAAAAGUCAGGCGAGCCAGGACGGACUACAUCGUGGCCGCUGGAAAGGUGAUUCAGAAUUGUAGAAGCACCAUCGAGGAUGUUCAGAAGAGCAUCCGUGCCUUUCAGAUCACCAAGGCCCACCCACACCUGGCCACCGCUGCCCAGCGCCUCCUGACCACUGGCCAGGUCUCAGCCCGAAGGAGCAGGCAGGUGCAAAGGGCCUUCGACGGUACCACGCUGGUGAUGAAAACCAAGGCUCGCUUGCUGGGCAGUGCGAUGGCUGGCUUUUCCCUCAGCGUGGACUUGGCCUCCCUCCUCAAGGACUGGAAGCAGCUGAAGGAGGGAGCCAGAACAGAGCUUGCGGAAGGGCUAAGGGCCCAGGCUCGGGAGCUGGAAAGGCAGCUGACAGAACUCACCCAGCGCUACGAGAGCCUGCAGCAGAGGAAACUCUUGCAAGAAAAAAAGCCUGUGAGCUCCUCCUCAGAGGGAACCAUGGGGACUGUGCCUCUGCCUCCAGCCACGUGUGGGGAAGCCGGAUCCCAGCUCCUAUUUUAGAAGUCAUGCAUGGACGUUCAGCACAACUUUUUAAAAUUCAGGAAAGUAAUAAGGGAAGAAAAUAGUGCCCCAGUCAAGGCUGACAGCUGCUGGUUAUUUUGCUGGAGAAUUUUCUUCCUGUGCUUUUCUUGCUUUGGGCAUUACUGCCUACUGGAGAGCCUUCUUCAAGGUUGCAUUGUAAAAUAGAUUUUUCCUGUAACCCACUGAGUUUUCUUUCUUUUUCAUUCUCAAUUCCCUCAUUUGUCUGCAGAGCUAUAACCUUCCAUUUUGGUGUUUUCACUUAGGAAUAUCUUCUACCAUUCCAUGUUUCCCUGCGUUUUUAUAGACAUUGUGUUUUUUUUUGUUACAAACUAUUCUUUUGACUGUACCUAUAACCUUUUAGUUAGAUAUAUAUUAGUCAUCACUGUUAAGUGGCCAAAACCAAUUUAAACAGACUUAUACAAAAGAAAAGAAUUUAUUGGCUCAUGUACUUUAAAACCUUAAGGGAACAGUGAGCUUCAGGUGUGUGUGUGUGUGUGUGUGUGUGUGUGUGUGUGUAUGUGUGUGUGUGUACCCAGGGGAUUAAAAUGAUGUCAUCAGGCAUCUGUCUUUCCAUUUCUCAGAAAGACUUCUGUCAGGUUCAGCCACCUUUGCCUCAUCACCCCCAGGUGUGCCUGCUGCUGGCUGGGGGCUCCCACGUGGAAAGGAGUGGGGCAAAGUCUAGAGACCCACUCUGAUUGAUCAGGACUGGUUCACGUGCCUGUGCUGGCACUGGUUGCUAAGAUGGGCUAUGGGAACUCUCUUCUGAUUCAGUGUUCUUAAAUAGUUGUCUCCCAGGCUGUGGUUCCUGCUUUUUUUGCUGCCAUUCCCUUUUUAUAAUUUUUUCGUGAGCCUAACAGUAAGUAAACAGCUUUCAUCCCAUUGUUCUGUACGUGUGCAUGAGCACUGUUCAAGUUCUGAAUAAAUAUUAUCAAUAAUACUUGCAU